AUGACGCGCGCCGAGCUUGAGGCGCUUCCAGCUGCCGUGCUGGACGAGGCGGUCGACGACCUGACUGCGCUCUCAAGCGUGCACGAUGCCACCAUGCUCGACACCCUGCGGCGGCGCCAUGCUGCCGACGAGAUCUUCACGUCCAUUGGUGAGGUGGUGAUCAGCGUCAACCCGUUCAAGCCCGUCCCAUCGUGCACUCCCGACUCGAUAGCGCGGCUUAGCCAGCAGGGUGAGGCUGCGCCACCGCACGUUGCCCGAGUGGCAUCGGUCGCGUAUCGCAAAAUGACGGGCGACGACGGGUCGCCGCCUCGUGCGCAAUCGAUUCUCAUCUCUGGCGAAUCCGGCGCCGGAAAGACCGAGGCAUGCAAGCUGUGCCUCAUGGCCCUCGCCAGUGUUUCCGGAUCAAGUCAGGGAGCGACCGAGGGGGCGGUCGAAUCCGCGCUCCUGCUCGAGGCGUUUGGCAACGCAAAGACGGUGUACAACGACAACUCAUCCCGCUUCGGCAAGUGGACCGCCGUCUUCUUCGACGCGUCGCGGCGCAUCGUCGCGUGCCACGCCGAGGCCUUCCUGCUCGAGAAGCCUCGCGUCGUCGGGACGGGCCCCGGCGAGCGGAGCUACCACAUCUUCUACCAGAUGCUGGCCGGUGCGAACGAGGAGGAGCGGCGGGAGCUCUCGCUGCAGAGCUCCUGCUCCGCGUAUGCCUACCUGCGCGGCGGGACAGAUGCCAUCAGCGGCGUCGAUGACGCAGCGCAGUGGCGCGAGACGGCGGCAAGGAUGAGUCUGCUCGGCAUCGGGGGAGAGAGGAGGGGCGAGUUGAUGCGCGUGAUUGCCGCCGUCCUCGCGAUCGGCAACAUCGGCUUUACGGCGGCCGACGACGGCACGCGCUGCGUCUCGGGCGAGGGCGGGCGCUGGCUGGCGCACGCCGCAUCCCUGCUCCGCGUCAGUCCGUCGCAGCUCGCGGAGAAGCUGACGUCGCGAGUCCUGACUGCGGGCGGCAAGGGGAGGAGCUCCAUGUACACCGUCGCCCUCGACGCGGAGGCGUGCGAGGCGGCACGUGACGCCCUCGCGCAGAGCCUCUAUGCGGCAGCCUUCGAAUCGCUCGUCGAGUCGCUCAACGGCAGCCAGGAGGAGGCGGCGGCGGCGGCCGGGCGGGUGCGCGGGUGCGCGACGGUCGACAACGAGCGCUUCGUCGGACUCCUCGACAUCUUCGGCUUCGAGAACUUUGCUCUCAACUCGUUUGAGCAGCUCUGCAUCAAUUUCGCCAACGAGAGGCUCCAGGCCCACUUCAUUGACGCGCUGGUCAAGCUGCGCGUGCUCGAGUACGAGCGCGAGGGCGUUCCCCUCACCGCGAUCGACUCCCUCCCCUCCUCGCCGCAGGCCCAGCUCGCCCUCCUCGACGGGAAGGCGGUCGGCCUGUUCGCCUCGCUCGACGACGAGGGCUCCGUGCCGGGCGGCUCAGAGCAAGGGUACGUCGACGGCCUCGUCGCGCGCUUCGGCUCGAACGGAGCGUGCGCCUCCGAGGCCUUUGACCCGCUCAAGCGCGGGAAGGGCUCCCGCCUCGACCGGCUCUCCUUCUGCGUCGUCCACUUUGCGGAGCCGGUGCGGUACAGCGCGGAGGGGUGGCUGGCGAAGAACGUCAGCGGCCUCCACCCAGACCUCGCCUUUGUGCUCAACCAGUCGGAGUCCCCGCUCGUGCGCGGGAUGUACCCCUCCUCGACGGCGGACGCCACCGCCAAGCGGCCGUCUGUCGGUGCCGCCUUCCGAAAGUCGCUCCGCUCUCUGUCGACGGUGAUGCUGCAGACGACGCAGUCCUUCCUGCGCUGCGUCAAGCCCAACGGCCACAAGGCGGCAGACACCUUUGACGGGCGCUUUGUGAUGCGCCAGCUUCGCUACACCGGCGUGGCUGCCGUCGUCGCCAUCCAGCGGGCGGGCUACCCGGUCUCAAUGGCGCACGCCGACUUUGUGGGCAGGUACCGCUGCCUC